GGAAUUUACUGGCGAACUUAUCGUGAAGGAGGGGUUGUCUGAAGUUCAAAAGGAUGCCUUUCAAGAAUUUUGUGAGGGAGAAGGUUCGAGAAGCAAAAAGAGGUAAUCGUGAGGCAAGGGAAUUACGAAAGAAAACGUUGGAAGAAAUGAGCGAGGAAACAAAGGCAUCGUUCCAGAAUAUUAAGUUUUACAAGUUCUAUCCUGUGCCAACACAACAUACUCCUGAUGAUUGUACAAUCCAUUCCAAUUCUGCCCAAGGCAGUAGUUACGAAGGAAAUGCCAUGCAUUAGUUGUGAGGGGGAUUGCGAAACCUUCCCCCAUGUGUUGCGCGCCGCAGCAAGAAUCAAUUAUGGUGUGGUUUGAUAAGCUGAUAGAGAGAUGGAAAGGCGAGGAGCAUAUGAUUACAUUGGCGGUUUUUAUAUUAUGGAGAAUAUGGAAGUGUCUUAAUGAAAGGAUGCACAAUGGGCAAUUACAUGAACCUCAGAUUGCUAUUUACAGGGCAGUGCAAGACGCGGCGGAAUAUUUCUUGGUAGUUGAUGCCGAGGAGCUGUUGGAUCAUCGUCAUCGAACUUCAGGUACCGAGUUAAGCAAUGAUUAUUGGGAAUGAGCAGAUCGUGGAUGCGUCAAAAUCAAUCUGGAUGGAGAACAUGGAUGAGGAAUCGGACAGGUGGCGGUCCAGUAGAAGUAGGAAUUCUUGUGCGUAAUGCGUCUGGCAAAUUUCUCGUUGCAAGAGCGGUAAAUUUGAAGAUACCAUUCCUUUCCCUCCAAAAAUAGUACUCCCUCCGUCUCUAAAUAAGUGUCCGGUGCGUAAAUCUAGGCUUUUAAAAAGAUGUAUUUGUUUCGUUAAAAAAAUUAAUUUUGUCCCAAAUGAAUAGAUAACAAUUAGUUCUAUUAGAUUGUGAAAAAAAAUAGAUUUUUUAACGAAAAACAUGCAUCUUUUGUAAGGCCUAGAUUUGUGCGCCGGAUAUUUAUUUAGGGACGAAGGGAGUAAUGCAAUUAAUUAA